GAGGCGAUAAACUACAGCGGGUGAGGUAAGCCAGUGUGCAGCAGAAAAGAGAGAAGAGAGAAGAGAAAAGAGAGAAGAGAGAGAGAAAAUGAGAAAGAGACAAGAAUAGAAAGAGAAAGAGUCAGGGGGCAAGACAGAGAGAAGGAGGGACAUAGAGGAGGGUGAAAGACACAGAGAGAGAGAUAGAGAAAAAGAGAGCAAUAAAGGUACUACGCGUGGAAGGCGAAUAACAAACAGAGGAGAACAGAGGAGAAGAAAGAAACGGACAGAAGUCAAGAGAGAGAGAAAGAGAGAGAGAGAAGAAGAAGAAAGCGUGGAGAAGAGGCAGUAGAGCACGUCUGUUCCAGUAAGCAUGAGUGCUGUCAACGGGAGGAACAUGUGUGACCUGAUCCCUCUCCUCUCCGCUCUCCUCCUCUCAGAUGGGACAACAUCACCGUCACACGGCACCAAAGACUGAUCAGUAGCCCUCAGCCUGCCUUGAGAAGAAGAGGAAGAGGCCCUGGCCUGCACAUGUGACUGCUGCUGCCGCUGUGACCGUCCGUCCACCAUCAUGAACAACAGCAUGGACAAGUACCACGCUUCCUCGCACCUCGGGCAAAGACGACCGGUCUGUCACGGGACACCACCGAGCCAGUCGUCACUCUGACCGGGCCACUCUGGACAGAAGAAGAGACACCGUUGUUUAUAGCUGGUAACGUGAAGACAAAUAAAUAAAUAAAUAACAACAACAACAACGAACAAAUCAUUCAAAUCAAAUCGUCCCUUGGAAAAGGGUGUAGUCGCCCUUCCGGGAGUCCUAGCUCUCUCCUUGGCGAGAGGAAAAUGGGUGAAAUCGACUCGUGUCAGAAUGUGACCGACUUCGACGCCCUGAAGCGGUACGAGCACCAGACCUACGCCAUCAUCUACUCCAUCAUCCUGCUGCCGGGCCUGAUCGGCAACGUGCUGGCGCUCUGGGUCUUCCACGUCUACGUCAAGGAGACCAAGAAGGCCGUCAUCUUCAUGAUCAACCUGGCGGUGGCCGACCUGCUCCAGGUGCUGUCCCUGCCGCUGCGCAUCUACUACUACCUGAACGACAGCUGGCCGUUCGGCCGCGGCCUCUGCAUGUUCUGCUUCUACCUGAAGUACGUCAACAUGUACGCCAGCAUCUUCUUCCUGGUGUGCAUCAGCGUGCGACGCUGCAUGAUGGUGCUGCACCCGCUGCAGUACACCUCGUGCCGGCGGAGAAUGGACCGGACGCUGUGCGCCGCCGGCUGGCUCUUCGUGUGUCUGUGCUGCCUGCCGUUCCCCCUGCUGCGGAACAGCAGCAGCGACAAGUCGGAGAAGGCGGUCAACGGGCUCGACCCGUCGGAGAGGUGCUUCGCCGAGCUCCCGGUGAGGAACCUGUCCGCGGUGGCGGGCCUGUCGCUGAUGGUGGGCGCCGAGCUGUUCGGCUUCCUGGUGCCGCUCGGCGUGGUGGGCACGUGCACGCUGCUGACGGCGGGCAACCUGCGGCAGGACGGCGGGCGCGGGCGGCGGGUGCGGGUGCCGGCGGGCGACGGCGGCGAGAAGCGGCGGGCGCUGCGCAUGGUGCUGAGCUGCGCCGGCGUCUUCCUGCUCUGCUUCCUGCCGUACCACGUCACCUUCCCGCUGCACUACGUGGCCAAGGCGCGCUGGCCCUCCGCGGGCUGCGGCUUCCGCCACGCCGUGCUCCGCUGCCACCCCGUCACGCUGUGCCUGGCCAGCCUCAACUGCUGCCUGGACCCCGUCAUGUACUACUUCACCACCGAGGAGUUCCGCCGGCGCCUGUCGCGGCCCGAGAUCAGCGAGACGCUGCAGCUCCAGCGGCGGCUCUCCUGCAUCACCACCGAGGACAAGGCCCUCACCUCCGAACCGCACUGACCCCCGACAACGGGCCGUGGGGGGGGGGUCGCAACACGACCGCAAUCAGUGGUCUGACCUCUGAACUCAGCCUCUGAACGCCUCAAGCCACUCAAGGUAACUGGCAAUAUGGGGAUGCCUCUCGUUUGGUGUUUUAUACACCCUCCCUUCCUCCUUCGAUCCUCGUCCUCACUGAUCUACAUAAAGAAUGAUUGUUGAAUGCAACAAUGGGAUAGUCUAUCCAGUGUGAGUUAUAGAUCAGUGGGAACGCCCCUCGAGGACUGAGCAUCGAGGAUCGAGGAGAGUGUUUGAGAGCCACCCAUGGACUUGCAGAGCUCAGGGGCAUUUGUGGCCAAAAACUGUUUUUACAGUAAGUCCAAAAGGAAGAAUGGCACCCAGGCAAACAUUAAGGCCCUUAAGCUCUAGCCUUGACCUUUGACCUCCAUUUAAGGAGGAGCUGGGGAAUGCCCCUGUGAGCGUGAGGGGGUAUCGGUGGUGGAAUGGCGAAGUGGUGCGUAAGCAACAGGGCGGGAGUGGCCCCACGUGGUGUUGCGUGGGUGUUGCGUUGUGUUGCGUGGGCGGGUGGUGGAUGUGGUGUCGGGGGGAAGGGUGGACUGAAGUAACUCUCUUGACAGACAGAGGUCUUCUGAGGACAGACUCACGCAAGGGGAGAUCUGAGAAAGGAACCGAGGAAGAACGACCCCAGUAAAAAAAAUAAAAACUAUGCGGAACGAUGACAGUAGUGGUGAACGCAAGAAUGCCUUUACUGCUUAACACUGUGAAAAGUCUUCACAGUGGAACUGGAGACAUUUUGAAAAAACGUGAGAGCGGCCAGCGAUAGAACCACAGUGGAAGCACCUGAAUUAAAUUAAUUCAAUAUACUGUGACAAAACAGAGGGUCACUGAGGAGGAGCAGAGAGAGAGCCAAAGCAGGCUGUGUGGAUGAGAAUGUUGCUUUUGCAGUGCGUGUGUUUAUGUGUGAACUCCCUACAGUGGGGAAGUUGAUGAGCGGUACACGAAAAAUCAGGAAAUGUUCAGUUCAGUCUUUCCAAGAACACGUGCACAUGUGACAGGAGGACCAAAUAUAGCGAAACUAAUUUUAUCAAGAAGUCAAUGACCAAAGAGUCAAUGAAGAAAUAUCACAUGCAGAGAGUGUGUGUGUGUGUGUGUGUGUGUGUGUGUGUGUGGUGUGUGGUGUGUGUGUGUGAGAUGAGUCAGUUAAUUGAGCUGUAUGUUACUGUCCGUUAUGAAGGCACAUUAAAUCAUCUAUUUUUCUACGCUGUACUGGGAACUGAUUGUCACUUGUUCUGUCUAGUGUUCAAUUCUGUUAGAAAAUGGAGAAGUCACGCUGACUGCUAACACCUCUGGCUUCCAUUACUGACACACAAGUGAU